AUGGCUUUUGAUCGCUAUGUGGCCAUCUGCGACCCCCUGAGGCAUUCCACCAUCCUGACAAAUCCUGUUGUGUCCAAGAUCGGCCUGGCCGUGAUGCUGCGUGGGUGCAUAGUCGUACUGCCCCUUCUGAUCCUGGCGAGGCAAUGGCCAUAUUGCAGAACCAAUAUCAUCCCCCAGCCGUACUGCGCACAUAUAGCCGUGGUGAAUCUGGCCUGUGCCGACACCCGCGUCAGUAGUUACUAUGGUCUCUUUGUGCUAUUCUGUGUGAUGGGUCUGGAUGUGAUUUUUAUCACCGUGUCCUAUAUCCAGAUCCUCAGGGCCGUCUUCAGCCUCCCCUCAAAGGAUGUCCAGCUCAAGACUUUUGAGACCUGCAGCUCCCACAUCUUUGUCAUUUUAGCCUUUUACAUCCCAGGUCUCUUCAUCUCCCUAAUGUACCGGUUUGGCCACAAUGUGGCCCUGCAUUUCCACGUUCUCAUUGCCAACGUGUACCUCUUGAUGCCCCCCAUGCUAAACCCCAUCAUCUAUGGGGUGAGGACCAAAGAAAUCCGGGGCAGGCUGCUCCGGCUCUUUACUCAUGAAGAAUCCUAA